AUGAAGCCUUAGACAGCAGUUAGUUAAGCGCCAAUUUAGCCCCGGGUAAUAGCAGUCAUUCGCGCUUUCACACCUGCAGCCUGUAGUGUGGGGGUGGUAGAAUAUGCUUUGCGGAGGGCACAACUGCUCCUGUCUUCAUGGCGGAUAACAUGCUGUGGGCUAUGCUUUUGGACUUUGUCGGCUAUUUCUGUUAGCUUCUCCACGUCACGGUGAAGUUAGUACAUACUGCAGGCAGGCUGUUGCGUAGCUUUACUAUAGAAUCGAGACAGGGAGUUCAUAAACUGUCGGGAAGGGCUGGCUAGAAGCAAGCAACCACAUAAAUAACAAGCAUAAAACUGUUCCAUCAGAUACAGGGGCAUCAUGGAAAAGCAAGGAACACUAGCGAAAUUGGGGAAACUGUUCCAUAAAAACAAAACAUCGCAGAAAGUGGACGAAAGCGACAUACCCAAGGACCAGAGAAAACGACAAAGUUUGCCCUCUGACCUGGAUAGCCCACCUCCCAGCACCGAGUCCAGGAGGAAACCUUUUAGCAGCUUUCGUCAAAAAAAAAGGUCGACUGAGAGCCUCACAGACAGCCAUCCUGAAACCUCAAGUGGGCAGACCCCUGCUGUCAACAUAUGUUUGGGAAUCUCAGAAGAUAAGACUGACCAUGAGACUGAAGUCUUUCUGGAAGACAUCAAAGAACCUGAAUCUCUCCAAAACACCAUCAAGAAGUCCUCUUCAAAAAAACGAAAGUCAAAAUCAAAAAAGUCUAGGUCAAAUGUGACAGACUCUGCAAAGGAAGAGGGCAGAAAGAAGUCUACAUUUUCACUGUCACUGUUAUCCAGAAGGAAAAAUGGAAAAGGUACAUCAGCAGUGCCUUCAGGACAGAAUUCUUUUGAUGGUGUUGAUGCCCCUGCUUUCACUUCUAAGUACGAGACCUCUGUGAAUGUGAGCGAAAAGGAACUUGUUAAGGAAAGGACAGAGACACUAGGAGUGUUAACCUCUGCAAAGCAAGAUUCCAAAGGUGGAAAAAAGUCUGCGGCCGGUGCCAAGUUUGUUCUUGCGACUGAAGUUCCACAUGUGCCUAAGCAGAAAACGAGCUCUUUUAUAAAGCCAUCUGAAAGUCUGUCAGGAAGACUGAGGGUUAGUCAACGGAGUACCUCAGAGACUGGCACAGGUUCAUUUGCCAGUCUUGUGGGAACAAAGGAAGUGACUCCAAGUUUUUCCAGUAGUAAGCAAUCUUCAUAUUUGAAAAUCCAUUGUGGGUCAAGAGAAGCACUGAAUUCUACUAAUGGAACAGGAGGAGAUGCAACCAUUGAGCUUGUGGGUGCAGGAGAACCGCACACAGCAAUUUCUGAAACUAAAGCUGUAGAGAAAAGCAAGAAUGUUGCUGUAUCUGUCCAGCAUAAUGCACAAGGUAGUAUACAUCAAACUAGGCCAGAUUCUUCACUCACAAAUUGUAAGCAACACAGGACUGAAAAGAAUAUAAAGCAGCAGAUAGACAAGCCUGUUACAGAGAAUACUGCAGGAUCACAAGCAGGAAGUAAGCAACAUAGUAAAAAAGUAAUUCAGGUGUUUCUGGAAGAGAUACGUGUGGUACAAGAAGAUGGGGCUGAAACGCUUUCUGAGAGCUCCAUCAGUGAGGUUGUAUCACCAGUAAACAAGAGUGUUAGUGGACAACAGGUUUCUAAUGAGAUACUUUUUCCUGAACAUCCAGGAUCUCCUGUUGAAUCAGAUUCCUGUCAUGUGGAUUCUCCAGACGUCUCAGUACUGGAAAUAAGGAAAGAUACACCAUUAACUAAAUUACGUUCUGGUAGUGUAACACAAUCUGACCAGGUUACUGACCACCAUGGCAUCUGUGAAGACGGUAAUGUUACAGUAAACACACACAACCAAAUAAGUGGGACAGGGUUUUUACAGGGGUCUUUACAUGGCAGUUCAGGUAAAGUAGAGAAGACUGUAGAGCUUCAACUGAAUUCUAGUCCAAAAACUAAAGCACUAAAUAUAUACGUGAGGGAAACUGCAGAAUCUGUUGAUCCAGCUGAGUCUUUUUAUAUUGUUGGAGAAGAAUACACUGAAUUAGAUGAAAUGGAUACAUCAUCUACACCUGGAAGAAAUAAGAGGAAUGCGAGAAGGAAGCGAUCACUAAAAUCUAGUCCACAGAGUGGAGGGGAAAAGACGGAUAAUAAAACCAGCAGUGAAAGUUUAAAUGACAUUACUUCUGCUGUUGUGACUUCUAAAGAAAUAGUUGCUGGCAGUGGUGAAGUCAGCCCUACUGUGCUGCUGUCUGAAACACAAAUUCAAGCCUCUGUCAAACAGGCAGGGGAGGAAUCCGAUUUCAAAGCUCUGCCAAGAGCUGAUUCACAGAAGAGUAAACAGCAACUGCUGAAUUUAACCCAAAUAAAGAAAAGGCAUGAACUAGACCGUGCACAGAAACCAGCCCUCUUGUCACCUACUUCACCUCACAGUCCAGAGAAGAAAGUUCCAAGAAGUCCUUCUGCACAGUCUGUGUCUGACCGUCGAGGCAGCAAAUCAGCUUAUUUUGUAUCGACAACACAGGAUAUCUCUGGAAAGGAAACUGUAGUCAGACCUUCUUGUAUCCCCCGUCUUACAAGUCCUACUUAUGACGCCAGCUUUGAAAAAGAGCAGCAGGAAAAAUCAGCAGUACCUAGUAAAAGCCAGCCUUUUCAUCAGAGGAAAAGGCCUGUUACUGCUGGAGAAAAGGCUGUCUUUCACACUGAAGUAAACAGAAAUAGAGAACUUGGUGGCUAUGGAAACCGAGUCAGCAUUGUCAGAUCUGAGACCAGUGGCGCUCCUAUUCAUACAGUAACAGCAAAACUCAACAUACCAGCAAAACCCAGGAACCAGGAUGGUGAAGAUUCUAAGCAAGUAAUACUCUCUGAAGAUGGACCAGAUUUGAAUAUUAAACCCAUAGGAAAAGUUGCUGACCGAAUUUCCUUAUUUGAACAAAAAAAUACUAGCCACAAAAAGAUUGAAAUAUGUGCUACCAAAAACAUUUCUGUUCCUCAGACAACAUAUGUCGGUAGAGUCACGCUUCAGAUGAACAAACAGGUUAAGGAGAAUAUGCACUCUGAAGCAGACAAAAUGGGUAACCAAAACACAACGCCAACCUCUUUAGAAUUUGAUAUACAACCUCAGGCUGCUUCUGCAGAUUCACAUGUACCUGAAGCAGAAAGGGCAGACAAACCGGAGAUGAAAGAUAAUGGUAUCAAAAACAGUGGAUCCAUUCAGGGUGAUGGUGUGAGUUUGACUCUUCCAUUACAGGAAUCAAGCUCUGAUGUUAAACAAAUUGUUUCCGAGUUACCUGAAAAGAGAGAGGAGGAAAGUAUGUCAGUUGAUGGCCGUUGUCCUACAGAUAGCAUUGAGGUCCUUUCAUCUGCAGUAAUAGCAAAUGAGGUUUUGCAUAAUGAAAAUCUUGAUGGUAGGACAGACUUAACAGAAAAAACAGUCAUUUUAGCAAAUGCCAAGAAACCCGAUGAUACUGGGCAAGGAAUGUUGCCACAUUUGGUUGCUUCAGAAACAGGUGGUGGUUUGCUUCAUAUAGUAAAGUCAGCUGAGAUUACAAGUGUUAGAGAGAUGGGCAAGGUCACAACACCAAGCGGAUCUUCAGUUUGCGAAAUGCAGGAUAGGGAGACUACGGUUGAGCAUUUGGAAAAGAGCAGCACCCAACAAAGUGAAUUUGUUCAUGUUCCAUCAGCUGGACUCUAUUCUUCUGAGAUGCAGCCAGUUGAACAAAAUAUGCAAGGACCCGAAAACAUUAAAAUAAAAACUUUAGUCUCAAAUGAAAGCACUUCUGUUGAGAAUCCUUCACCCUUUCAGUCAAGUGCACAAAACAUGUCAAAAGAAUCCGAUGCAACAACCUCGUUACAGUUAGUUCAUGGCAGUAUUGAUUCUUUUCAGACUGUGGUAAAGGAAACGCCUUCUGUUUUGCAGAAUACUGAAAAUAUAAAAAGUCCACAAGUUACGUUUGUGUUAACCCUAAAUGAGGAGGUACCCAACAUUCAGGUAGGUGAGUCAAAACUGUUUACAACAACACAGUCCAUACACAGCAUUACUGAAGUCGCACAGAAAGAGGACAAAGUGGCUGUUUCAGUUUUGCCUGUUGUGGAGCAAAACACAAUUCCAGAACAUAAUUUAAGUGCAGGUAUUUCUCAAGGAACAGAAACAGCAACAGUUAAGGCACACACUAAUAAUCUGGAUGCAACUAGUACUGGAGAUGUACAUACUGUAAAAGAAGGAAGCCAAAGCCUACAGCACAAUAUCAUUUCCUCUGUAAAUGAUGACAGGCCAGACUUUCAGGAAAUAAAAAUAAAUAGGAGUCAUCCUGACUUUUCAGAAGAAAUAAAAGCUGUAACUGAUCAGCAGACAGUACUGGCCCCAUCGUUAAAACACGAUCCAGUUACAUCAGAAAGUUUUCAGACAGGCUUGCCCACAGAGGUACCAUUUGUUCAGAGUGAUGAUGGCGCACACACUGCAGCAGGGAGUGCAGCAUUUUCUACUUUGUUAAAUAGCAAAGACGUGACAGGACAUAAUCAGAGUGCAUUGGUAACUUCUUUAGAUGAGAAUCCACCUAUCACACUUGUACAGGCCUUAACUGCAGAACAUGGUCCUUGUGAUCCUGUUAAAAUGGCAGCAAACAAAACUAUGUCUUCUGGACUUCAGAACACUGAAAUCCAUGUUUUAACUGUAAGUUCUAAUUCACCAAGUUCUCAAACAGUAGAAACAAAACUGGUUUCAGCAGUAGAAAUAGUACAAAGUCUAGCUGAGUCAACUCCCAGUGUAGCAAAUGAAGUGGUACAACCUGAGUUUAAGAACACAGAAGUAGAAAAGGAUCAGCAGAGUGGACAAUUUCAGUUUGGAAACCACAAUGUAUCUAGUCAAGCAGCAGAAGUAAAGCUGGUUGGGUCAGCAGAGCAAGUUAACAAUCCACCUGAAUUGCAACAGAUUGCAUCCAAUGAAGGGUUGCCAUUGGACAUUAAGAAUGUGGGAGAAGUAAAGGACCAUACAAAUUUAGUGAUUACAUCUGUAAAGCAAGAUGUGCGUAGUCUUCAGGAGGUGGAAACAGAGCAGCCUGCAGCAGUACAUGCUGACAAUUCAUGUGAUGUGCCACAAAUAGCAACAAAGGACAUUGUAUCUUCAGGUCUUCAAAGCUUUGUAGACCAGAUUCCUUCAAAUAAAGACACGGAUUCCAGGCUCCCCUUAGAGGAAAAGCUCUCAGCAGGGCUGGUGGUUGAGAGUCCUGAUGCCACCUUGAAUGCUGUGAAAAAUGUUUCGUCUGUUAAUGUGACAAAUACUGAUAAAAAGUUAGAGCUGCAUCAAAAUGUAUUGGGCCCAUCUUUGAAACAGGAUGCUCCUAGUUUUCGUGAAGUAGGAUUAAAGUCCCCUUCAGAAAAGCCAUUAGUUGACAGUCUUCCUCAUACCAAACAAAAUGAAGAUAUCUCAACAUCUUUAACAAUAGAACAAAAUCUCUCUAAAUCAGGAAUGAAUAACAUUGUUGUAGGGACUGAGCUGCAGAACAAGAAAAGCAAAGAUCAGGCUGAAGAUGCGUUCAUUUCAUCUGUACAGCAGGAUGCACUUAUUUCCCAAGAAGAUAAGAUGAAACCAUCUCUUAAAACUGGACAGAGUAAUGUGAGUUCUGAGCUGGCAGCACAGCCAGCGAUGUCUCAGUUGGCUAUAGCACAGAGUAUCCCUUCCAACCAGGUAUUUAAAAAAGAAACCACAUCUACUGGUGCUCAGUUCCAGAGCUUAACUUCCACGCAAACUACAAAGAAGGUAGCUUUAGAAAGCGCAAAGAACCUGACAGAGAAGGACAGUAUUACAAAGUUAACUAUCCAUGGAAAAGUCAAUGAGCAACUAAAAACUGAUGUCUUGUCACCUAAACCUGUAGUACAGCAAAAUGUGGCAUCUUCCACAAGUACUGUGAAACUUCCAAAUCUCCCUGGACCUAUUACAGCAAGUCCUAGUAAAGGCCAAGGUGGGCAAUUAAAUGUGUCCUCUUCCAGUGAAGAUGGCUCCUCUGAUGCUUCAGACAUUGAACGUUUUGCUGAAAUGAUCCGCAAGUUGGAAAGUCCAAUCAAUCUUUCACAGAUAAGAGUAAGAGGUCCUAAAACACAUGUGCCACCACCACCAUUUGCUAUGCCCCCAAUUCAGGAAGACAGAUUUGAAAAAGUUUUUGACCCUAGCAGCUUCACGUUUGGGUUGGGAAAGAGCCUCUCCACAGACUCUUCACCAUCGUUAUUGUUCAAAAAACAAGGCAUCCCAGAUGCAAAGCCCAAACUAAAGACUAGACGCACACCUGCUCAAAGCAUAUUGUUUAAGUCUGUGCAGGGUUUAAACACAGGAGCAGACACAGUGGAGGCAGAAGCAGAUUCUAAUGAAACAGAUAAUGAUGGCCCAUCAGAUUUUGCAGUAAAAAGAUCUCGCUUAGAGCAGAGUGCAAUUUACAAAAAUUUUAAGCUGCCUUCUAGUACGUUAUCAAGCUUAACAUUCUCCACCAGGAAUCAGAGUGACAGUGUUUCUGAAUCGACUAGCUCCGUGUCCCCAGUGUCACCAAACGAACCAGGUUUGACAAGUACACCCAAGACGCCUUCCUCUUUAGAAAAUGGUAUCGAUAGUCCAUCUGUUUUCACACCAGAUGUUUCAAAGGCAGCUGAUUUUAAAUUCCCAUUGCCAUCAUUCCCAGAACUAAAGCUGCCAAGUUACUUGGAAAAGUACCUUAAACCAGCUGAUGAAACCGAACAGAAACAUUCAGAGGCAGAGUUUCAACAUUCCAUUCAAGGUGUGUUAAGUCCACUAGAAAACAUCUCACGAUUGCAAGCACCAGGUUCAAAGAAUGGUGGCACAGAAUUUAUGGGCAGUCCCACAUCAAGCUUGCUUGAAUCUAACUUUCCUUUUUUCGAUGCAUCUGCUGCAAUAGUCCAGAUUCCUGAAAUAGUACCUCAUGAAAUAAUCAAUCCAAGACCUGGAAAGAUGGUGAUUUAUAGUCAGCCAGGAUUUGGUGAGGAAAUAAUUGAAGCGUUCCAUGAUAUGGAUGAUUGUACCUCUUGGAAGCUGUCGCCUGUGAUUUCUGUUAAAGUAGUUAGAGGAUGCUGGAUUAUUUAUGAAAAGCCCAAUUUUGAAGGUCAGUCAAUUCCAUUGGAAGAAGGAGAAGUCGAGUUGGUGAACAUGUGGGGCGAUGAUAUCCAUGGAGAAAGCCAUGAAGAAAAUAAGGCUGGUCCUGAAGUCAGUGCUGCUGAGAAAUCCGAUGUUUCACCUGUCAAGUCUGCUGUGAUUGGUUCUAUCAGACAUGUUGUUAAGGAUUAUAGAAUUUGUCAAAUUGACCUCUUCUCUGAGCCAGAUGGCUUAGGAAAUGUGGUAACAUUUUUUGAUGACGCUGAAGAAACACAACAGUAUGGUGUACCACUGAAAACUCAAUCAAUCAAAGUAUAUUCAGGCGUAUGGCUUGUAUAUGAACUUGCUCAUUUCCAAGGAAUGCAUUCCAUUUUGGAAGCUGGUGAAUAUUCUAAUCCAGAGGCAUGGGGUAUGCAAGAGCCAUAUAUCGGAUCCCUUCGACCACUAAAAAUGGGAAUGCGAAAGGUAGAACUUCCCGGUGAACCAAAGGUCAUCCUGUAUGAAAAGCCUUUUUUUAAAGGGAAAUUCAUGACACUUGCAGGUGAUGUUUUGUCCAUCAACAAGGAAACAGUCCAAGAAAACGAGAACUUCUACCCUUGCCAAACACUGCCAUUUGCUUCUAUUGGGUCAAUCAAAGUUUUAGGAGGACUAUGGGUUGGUUAUGAGCUACCAGGAUUUGAAGGUCGGCAGUAUGUGCUAGAAGAAGGAGAGUACCGAGAGUGGAUAGAGUGGGGUGGAAUCAACCCACAACUGCAGUCCCUGCAGCCUAUUAUAACUGACUUUUCCUCUCCUCACAUGGUCAUGCAUAGCGAACCAAACUUAGGUGCUGCAGAAUUGAGCAUUGAUGUGAUGGAGAUCGUCCCUAGCUUAGAGGAGGUCAACUAUGGAAACAACACGCGUUCAAUUAAUGUCUUGGGUGGUGUGUGGGUCGCAUUUGAGAAUCCAGAUUUUACUGGAGCCCAGUACGUUCUUCUAAAAGGACUGUACAGCCACUUUGAGGACUGGGGAGCAAGAAAUUCCAAAAUUUCCUCUGUUCAACCAUUUGUGGUGGAUAAUAGUGUUCCCAAAGAAAAAUACAAGAUCCAGUUUUUCUCAGAGCCUUUUUUCCAGGGUAGCGUUCAGACGUAUUGGGAAAGUAUGCCAAGUCUUGCUGAUUCAUUCUCAGCAAAAUCUUGCAAAGUUUUGAAUGGCAGUUGGCUGGCAUAUGAUGGAGAAGAAUUUUCUGGGAAUCAGUAUGUAUUGGAAGAUGGAGAAUAUGUAGACAUGCUUGCGAUGGGAUGUCCACCGGAUGUCUGUAUCAGAUCUCUGGAGGUCAUAAACUAUGAAUUUUCAGAACCAAGUAUAAUCUUGUUUUCAAAGGAAAACUUCAGAGGAAUGAGAAAUGAGCUGUCAACAGCAGUUGUAAAUCUACAGUUACUGGGAUUCAGCAGUCAUAUUUUUUCUGUUCACGUGAUUGGUGGACUAUGGAUUGCUUAUGAGCACAGUAAUUACAGAGGACGUCAGUUCUUACUCUGGCCCAAUGAGAUACCAAGCUGGCAUAAAUUUAGUGGGUGGCAUCGAAUAGGUUCAUUGCGACCACUUGUUCAGAAACGGAUGUAUUUUAGAAUCAAAAAUCAGGGAACUGGGACAUUUAUGACAAUUAAUAUGCACUUUGAAGACUUGAAAUUGGCAAGAGUGCAGGUAUCAGAAUGCAGUGGAACUGAUGAUCAGAUCUGGAGUUAUCAAGAGGGAGUAAUCAAGAGCAAGGUAAUUGAAGACUACUUCAUGGAUAUUACAGGAAGCGUUAUAGUUGCAGGUGCCAAACUUGGUUUGGCACCCUUACUGGACAGACAGAAGGGUAGCUGGGUCAUUACUUCUGAAGGUUACAUCUUCAACAGACUACGGCAAGAUUUGGUUCUGGAUGUUAAAGGUGGCCCUCAGACAUAUGAUCAAAAUCAUGUUAUCCUCAAUAAAUUUGAUGAGUCCCAGCUAUCACAGCGGUGGGAGUUGGAAAUACUUUAACCCUCCAAAAGCAUUGAUCAUGGACACAUUGAGCUUUUACUGUUGUAUGCAUGAGUGCCUUCUGCCUAAUGGAACUUUGGGGGAGGAAACCUUGCAAGUCAAGAGUACAGAUACUUACAUGGGACAAAAAGGCAGCCUACGUAUACGCUACAUUUUUCCUAUGAUGGGUCUUCCAAAGGUGGCAUCUCAGGUUACACAAAAUGAAAUGGUGUUGCGUAGAUCUUCCUUCCAUGUCUGUAAACAACCAAAGAUUUAUAAAGCUUUUUAUGCUUUACAAAAUAUAUUUAAAUAACUGUUUUCAUCACUGAUGCAGUUAAAGCUGCAAAUAAACAGUCUGACAUGGGGUUUUGCAAUACAGUAGUGUACAGAUUUUUUUAAUGUAGUAAGCAUGUUAUAAAAUUGAACUGUAUUCAUUCUGAGCCUAAAGUAAACAGACUGGCAAAUAGAAGCUAGGGAUGGAGAAGAGCUGCUGUAGUUAAGACACAGCAGAAAACAAAAAGCGUCUGCCUAUAAAAGUUUACGUACGGUCUGCUUAAAAAGAAUAUAAGCAGAUACAAAAGGUCAAAUUGAAGCUUGCAGUAUUUGCCUUACUUUUACAUAAUGCAAUCAGGAGUGCUUCACAGGAUUUUGACAUUUGCCUUUAGUCAAGAAAAAGGGUUUAGUGGUAUUCCCUCCAAAUCAUUCUGAAAAUUAUGCACUUUUAUAUUAGUGUACUCCUUGGAAUGUAAAUUUAAUGGCAGAUUGAAUAUUACCGGUAGUUGAAACUGUACAUUUUAUUUUAAUAUCUGUAAUAAAUGGUGAGGAGUCCUCAUUCUUACAUGUAUGUUACUUGCACAUCUCUGGUUGGAUUUUCAUAUGUGGAAUUUUUUAGUUGUACUGCAACCUGUCAGACACGAAUAACUGCCACUGAUGAGUUGUGGAUAUCCAAUUAUUGAUGUGCUGACUUACCAGUUUGUAUAAUAGUUAUUACCUGCCCUUGUUUUAGUAUCAUAAUAUACUUCAAAUGGCAACAAACUGCAACCAGAACAUUUAAGUGUUCUUUUCUCAACUGAAGCCAGAAAUUCAAAGUAGACAGCACAAUAAGUAGCUAUCCUGCCACAAAAAUAAAUAUUGUUUGAUUACUUUUA